UUUCUUUGAUAAUGAUUCUUUCUAAAAUAACUAUGACAGAAAAACGAUCUUAUUAAGUUUGAAAAGCACAGUUUGUUAUUUAUGUCUAACUAAAGAUGGCAUCAGCAGUUUGAGGACGUUCCUGAUUUACAACGAUUUAAGACUGAUAAGAGCUUGGCUUGAUCUGCAAAAAAACAGUUUGAUUAGAAGAGAUGCCUUAUGCAUGUUUGGUUUGUGGCAAUGAGACAGUAAAACUGCUUUAUCACUAUGGAUCUGAUGGAAAUAUCUGCAAUUCAUGCAGAAUAUUUUUCAGGAGGUCUGUCAGCCAAAAUCUGAGGAGAAUCUGCCCAACUGGGUUGUUCAAUUGCCCAAUUGCAACGAAUGCCAGAGUUGGUUGCAAGUUGUGUCGGUUUAAUAAAUGUAUCCAGGUUGGAAUGAAACCAGAGCUAGUAGACAAGACCAAAAAAGCAAUCAUUGCUUAUUUUGCUGAGCAAGAAAAGAAUUCAGGAAAAAAUGAAGCAUUUGCAUCUCCAACAGAUAGUCCUUUUGAUAACAUAGAAGUGGAAAUAGUUAUUGAUGCGGAUUUAAUUAUAGACAAACAAAUUACCCAGCCCAUGUUUGUUGACCCAAAAAGAAACCAAUCAGCCAUUGCUGAAGGUGCAGGGUUGUUGAUCAAGAAUCCCAAACUGUUCCAUAUGUCCAUAAAUGACCAACUUGACCCAGAGGAUGUUCAGUUCUUUAGUGGUGUUGUAACUAGCUGGAGAAAGCUUCUGCUUAAAAUCUAUGAGGACGGACUGUCAUACAACUCUGUCCAUGAAGAAAUUAAUAAGUUUUAUGAUCAAACCAUAGAUGCUCAACCACUGACCUAUGAUCCAGCUUUAGAUUGUACAUUGAUUGAAUUAGCUGUUGACAACAUUUUAAGUGCUUCGGUAAAAGACAUUUUUGAUCUUGAUCCCUCUGUACAGAUAAACUUCAAAACUUUGUACCAAUGCUAUUAUAUAUUCAAUUCAUCAGCUAAAGAAGGAACGACAAUACGGCAAUCUUUAGCAACUUUUGGAUUCAAUGUUGAAUCCUACCCGUUCAGUGCAAUAAUGCCGGUUCACAUGCAGGACAUGAAAGUUGUUGAUUUCAUGAAAAGCGACAUGUUUAAAUCCCCUUGGGCUGAAAGUCUUGAAGUGGAAGAAUUCUUCAUAAAGACCUGCCAAACAUUAAAAACCUUUUUGGCCGAUCCUGUGAUCGAUCUUUUAUUCUUAAAUCUGGUCUUAUUCAACUCCAUUGUUGAAUGUGAGAGCUUCCUUAAUGUUUUUCCAGGAAAGCUGAAGAUGAUCUUGUACAAAGAAAUGUUGAGGAAGAGCCAAGACUCCAAUAUUGCCAAUCAUAGAUUCACCCAGCUGAUCUCAACAAUAGAUGAUGUGGAGGAGUGUGCAAGAAUUUUAGAGAGAGCUUCCUUGAUCAAGGAAACACAUAUCGAUCUACAGGACAUUGAUGUUUCACCUUUGGAGUAAUUAAUCUGAAGGGAUCUCUUGUUUUUCCAAUAGCACAUCUGUCACCUGAUACAGUGAAUAGCAAUACAAAGUUGAACCAAAUAGACAUAUUUCAACCACUUCUCAUCCUCUUUACACACAUUUUUUAAACCAUAACCAAAACUUUUUAGUUUAGCGUGACACCCUAGCGACAGUCUAAUAUUUCACUACUAGUUUAAAAGUUGGACAUUGUUGACAUCUAUGAUUACUUCAUUAAUUUCAAUUCAUAUGGGAAAACUCAUUAUAUCAGGGGAUCCAAUGCAGAUUUUUAGGUAGCGGCCAAACUCUGUUACUUGCGCAUGCCGCAAUGAAUUAUAAAAACAGAGAGAUUAGUAUAUAUUUUAGGGUUAGGUUAGGUUUGGACACUUUCUGGGCCGCGCACUUCGACUAGGACAGGUUAGUUGGUCAAGCGCCGCGGCUAGGACAGGUUAGAGGGACGCAGCUAGAACCGGCUCUCUCUGUCUUAUAAUUCAUUGCGGCAUUCGGGAGUAACACAGAUUGGCCGCUGCCAGAUUUUACCGAUAAAAUCAUUUAAUUUUGUAUAAUAUUAAGUAUAUAUGAUGUGCCAAUGUUUACUUGUAAAGUUGUAAAAGUAAACUUUUCUAUCUUAUUUUCUAUUUUGUACACUGAUGUAAAUCAAGAAAACAUUUUUUUGUAUUCUCAUUCAUCUUUGUUUCUAUGAGUGUUAUAUUUUUGGUUUUGUGGAACUCUUCCAGAGUCUGAAUUUCAUUUUGCAUAUUAAGGUUUCAAUACAAUAUUGCAGCCCUAUUCCGGCAGGGGGGGGGGGUCCAUGGGGCCGGACCCCCUCACGUUU